ACACACACACACACAUCGAAAUGAAAGUGUUCGCGCUAUGCACGCUGCUUGCCCUGAUGGCGACCCUUGUUCAGUGUUUGCCGCAACAGCGUGAGGGGGCGGCGUAUACGAACGAGGCCAUCCGGCAGGCGCAACAGACCUUCCUGAUACCGAAGGAUGCACAGAUACAGAAUGUCCAGGAGGGCAUCGAGCUGGGCGCCUACGAGCAAAUACCCGGCAACCAGCGCAUCAAUCUCUUCGAAAUAUUGGGCGAUCAGGUGCCAUCGGAGGUGAUAAACAAUCUGCAGGCGCAGGUCGAUCAGAUUGGCCGUAACUAAGUUAAGUCACAUCGUAAAUCAUUAAUUUGCAUUUGUUAAAUUUUAUGUUGAGCGGAUGAAAACAAAAGAAAUAGCAAAUAAAAAAAA